AUGAAUAGGACAGUUUCAUCAACAUCACUUAAUCAACAGAAUAUUAAUAAAAUCUGUUGCAUUUGCCUGGAAAAAAAAUCAGUUGAUAUACCAGUAAUUAAUUGCAACCAUCGAUAUGAGUUUUGUAAUGAUUGUAUAACGCAAUGGUUUGCUAUGAAAAAAUUAGACUGUCCCAUAUGCAGAAAAGUGUGGCAAGAGAAAGAAUAUAUUAAUUUUCAGUCCGAUGCAUCAAGUCAAAUUCCGAAUCAUCUAGCUGUUUCACUUGAAUCAUUUUCAUCGUCGAUUAUUGAAAAUACCUAUGAGCCAACUUCACCUUAUAUUGGAAUGUUCUAUCCAACCGUAAAUGUAUCAUCGCCACGUGCACGUCGACAAAUGUAUAGUGCCUUAGUUUGUUAUUUAUUUUCGUUUUUUGUUGUAAUUAUUGUGUAUGUAGCUCUUAUAUUGUUCAGUAAAAAAAUAGAUCGUAAAAUUUAA